CACUGCACUGUUGGGAAUUCCACCAGGAAGUAAAAUAUAUUGGGCAUUGAGGAAGUCCCUAUCUUUCAAGAAAUGGAAGGCUGUAAAAUUGAAUCCUUACUCUUAUCAAAAACUCUUGACGCACUCGAGCUAUCACAUGAACAUGUUCGUUCAAAGGUGUCGAUGUUUUCGAGGCUUGAAGUUUUAGCGAACGCAGUAGAUUUUCAACCCGAUUACCAGAAUACAAUUCUAACAGGAAGUAUAAUGGACGGAGUUGGUUGGAAAGGAUACAUGACAGAUAUUGAUACCAUGUUGCGUUUCUCUUAUGUGUCUAUAAAGGAAAAGGAAGAAAAAGUACAGGAUGAAAAUACAGAUUAUAUUUUUGAAUUAGCAGAAGAAAAUAUCCAUCCAGGUUAUACCCGACUACGGCUUUACAAAGAAGGGCCACCAAUGGAAAACAACAUUUUCUCUCUGACGCCAAAUGGAGCAAAAUCUUACUGUUUCCAGGAAGAAGGAAAUUUCUUUCUCUCUUCUUACAAAUUUAAAACCGCUUUCAACAGGUACCAGCUGAUUCCAGAGCGACCAGCUUGGGUGAUGCAAAGUUCAUAUAACUAUGCUGUUUCAUUUCCCGACGAGGAGGAAAUCUUAGAACACGGUCCUUCGCUUUGCUUUUCUGAUGAAACAAAAGAAGAACCUCUUCAUGAUUCGGUUCCUUGUUUCCAUUUUCAUGAAUGGCCAAGACAAGCGAAUGAAUGGAAAACGCGCCUACCUAGGAAUUGGCCAAUACAAAAAGACGUUGAUUCAGUUGUUUCAAAAGGCUGUGAAAUUGUCCCAGUUGGCUUUCUUGGAAGUAAAACACGGUAUUUGGAAUGGAGGUUAUCAUUUGCUUUGUCUGAACGGGUUCUUUUACGAACAUUUAACAACAUACAACAUAAGUGCUAUGCGCUUCUUAAAAUGCUUUUAAAGGAUGUUAUUGCCGAGGAGGUUCCUCAAGUGCUUUCAUCAUUCCAUAUGAAAAAUGCCUUAUUCUGGACUUUGGAAAAAAUAGAAAGUGCUAUAUGGUGUGAGGAAAGGGUCACUGAUGCCUUCAUGACGUGUUUAAAUCAAAUGCUUAACUUCAUACGAGACGGGUUUGAACCAUCUUAUUUCAUUCCAACAAAUAAUGUUUUAGAGCGUCGCAUGAAUGCAGAUGAACAACGAAAAUUGGUGGAUUUGUUCAGCGGUUUUAUGAAAGAAGGGUGGAAAUGUUUGCUUCGUUGUAAAUCGUUGACAGCUGAACCAAAUCUUAAAGAAUUACUUCAGCAAUACACCUCCUCCAAAAAUAUUAGUACAUUCCUACAAGAUUUGCAUGAAGUGGAUGUUAAAUCUGUGUGGUUUCAGCAUGACCUUAAACUCUUUCCUCGGUAUGAAGACGCAAGACUAGAAAUCAUGACGACAGUAGCACCCAUAGCAGGUGAUUCCUUGUCAAUGACAAUAGUCCGCCAUCACAUGACACUGAAACGUCUAGAUGAUAGAUCAGUUAAUGAAUUUUACAGGAACACACUUAAACCGAUUAAAGCUGCCAUCAAAUCUAGUUUAGGAUUUCACCUUUUUUCUUUGUACAAUGAGCUGUCUGGUUCAAAUUCGUCCACGGAACACAAUUAUGAUUAUCUUCAAGCAGCAUCAGAGUGUCUUACUGAAGGUAUGAAAUCAGAUGCAGCGGCUGGAAAGCUCAAAUACGCUACCUAUCUGUACAUGACUAGCGAGACAGAUAACUGCAAGAAGAUUGCAGAAGAGAUCGUUGCAAAUACCCACCGGCUUUCAGCAUUUGUACCACAUUUUUUGCCAAACAGAUUUGGGCCAACACCUAAGGAAAUAGAAGACUAUGAGUUAUUUGUCCGGUCAAAUAAUAUGACACUAGAAGAAAGAUUUCUUAGCUCCCUCCAUCAUGCUGUUGUCUUUAUGCCAACUGAGUCUUCAGUGUCGCCUCCUGCGGUGAAAUUUCAACUUCAAACACCGCUACCUGAACCUUUGAAGUAUACAUCAUGGCUUAGCUGGGCGCUAUAUGAUCCUUUGGUAUAUGCCCACUACUUGUUAUUUCUCUGUGAAACAAAGAGUGAUAGGAAAUCUGCUGCUGAGGGUGCACUGGAAUCUAUAGAGAAACUUUUAUCCGAACGACAAGUUGGUUAUGAGGUCUCUGCGAUGAAUUUGCUCGGUUUUUCGUACAUUUCGAUAAACAAUGUCGAAAAGGGGGUUCCAUUUCUUUUACAAGCCAUGGAAAAAGCAAUAAGUCCAAAUUCAACAGUUUGGCAAAUGGGAAGUACUCUAUCUUCUAUACUAGAAGGUCCAUUUGCGAAAUCAAGAAUGGCAACAAAAACCAUGAGUCUCUUGUAAAGAAGUAAUUACGGACAUCAGCGGAACUUGAAUAAUGUAUUUUAGGGUACUAAAAACUUUUAAGUGAGUCGUUUUAAUUCAAACUUAGUUCCGACCAUCUAUGUUUUAGAUUUAUGUUGUAACAUAUCUACUUUGAAUUAAAUUCUUUAUAGACAUUGAAAAAUAA